AGAGAGAGAGAGAGAGAGAGAGAGAGAGAGAAUCUGAAAUAAACAAGAGGAAUAAAGAGAAAAAUAACGAAGAAAACAAAGAAGAAAACAAGAAAACCCACAAACAAACAAACAAACAAACAAACAAACAAACAAAUAUGAGGUUUAUACAAUACCACCACCAUCACCACCAUCACCACCACCACCACCACCACCACCACCUCCUGCUGCUUCUCGCCCCCCUCUGCCUCCUGGUGCCCCCCGCCGCCCCCGAGCAGGACUACUCUAUCACCGAAGUGGAAGGCGAGGAGGUUGAACACAUAAGGGUAGUGGAGGGUCUCAACGUGUCCCUGCCGUGUGAUGUGCGGGCGCCUCACCACGACCAGCCCACACUAACCCUUUGGUACAUCGCUGACGACGAGGCGCCAGUGUACAGUUACGACGAGAGACCAGCAGUGAGGGGGUCCCAGUGGUCAGAUGCGGGCGUGUUAGGGUCCCGUGCCCACUACCACCCACACCGCACGCCCCCCGCCCUUCAUCUCACCCACGCCACGCCCUCGGACGCGCGCCUCUACCGAUGUCGCGUGGAUUUCAAGAAUACGAGGUCAAGGGUCACGUGGGUCAAUCUCACUGUUAUAGUACCCCCCCGCCGAGCCGAGGUCCUGCCCCGGGUGACCCCAGUUCUUCUAGGAGACAAAAACGAUGUGGUUUGCAAGGCGUAUGGAGGCUCCCCACCCCCCGAGGUCACGUGGCUGCAGGGGGGCGGGGAGGUGGACAGCAGCUACACAGUGAACGGGGAACAAGCCUACAAUGUCCUGGAGGCGCCCGCGGGAAGAGAUGACCUGUCUAACCCCUUCGUGUGCCGCGCCUCUAAUAAUGACGUCGUGGGCCCCGCUGAGGUCACCUACCUGAGGAAUGUUACCUGCGCCCCCCUCAGCGUCACCAUAAGGGGGGGUGAGCUCCCUGUAACAGAGGAGCGCCCUGCUAACCUCACCUGCACAGUAAUUGGCAGUAACCCCCCCACGCGUUACCUGGCUAAGACACGGCCAGCCCCUGCCGCGCACACAGACACAGGUGACACACAAGGACAACAUGACGUACAGCACACUCACUCUCUCCGUGACGCGCGCUGACCACCUGCACCAAGUCACCUGCCGGGCCUCCAACCCUUUACUAAGAGAGUCUGCCGUAGAGGACGUCUUUACCUUGAAUGUGCUAUACAAACCAAGCCUGCGCCUCUUACUCGGACGCUCUCUAAGGAAAGACAAUCUACAGGAGUCAAACGAUAUAUUUUUUGAAUGCCAAAUAGAAGCGAAUCCGGAUCCCUACAAAAUUGAAUGGUGGCAUGAUGGCCAGCUGGUGAGCCACAACCUAUCUGGGGGCGUGAUCGUGAGCCAGACCACCCUUGCAGUGCAGAAGGCGCAGAGGGAGAGAAGCGGGGAAUACAAAUGUAGCGCUUCUAAUGUUGAGGGAGACGCCAUGAGUAACCCUUUAGUGAUAUCUAUUAAGUACGCGCCACGCUGCACUGUGUCCCCCUCUCUGCGCGGCGCCCCCUUGCGAGAGCCGCUGAACCUGACCUGCCGAGUGGACGCUGACCCGCCAGACGUACAAUUCACGUGGACAUUUAACAAUUCCGUGAGGCGUGACAAGGUGUUUGGGGAGAACAGGUACACCUCCCACAAGCUGCAGAGUGUGCUGCGGUACACGCCCACGAGCGAGAGAGAUUACGGUACACUGUUGUGCUACGCCAGGAACACAGUGGGGCCCCAAGAGGUGCCCUGCUCCUUCACUGUGGUCUCAGCAGGGCCGCCAGAGGAGGUGGGGGCGUGCGGCGUGGACAACAUCACCUCUCAUUCAGUUACAGUUUCUUGUACAGCAGGAUUCAAUGGCGGUCUUCCACAGCGGUUCUCUAUACAGGUCUGGGCUGUUAGUGACGUCACUGGAUCACCGAAACUUGUCUCAAACAUGUCUGAAGCCGCUGCUGAAUUUCUGGUGAGGUCACUGCACCCAGGUCAACAUUACAGGGCAGAGGUCACAGCCUACAACAAGAGGGGCACUGCGCAGCCUGUUCAGGUCAUGAUCUACACGUUAAAAGAGGCAGAAAUGCAUAAAAGCCUACCCUCACGCUCCGAGCCGUCAGCCAUCAUGCUUGUCGUGGCGGUGCUGGGCGGGGCAGUGCUGGUGGUAGUAUCCUGUCUCAUGGCGGGGGUGUGGGGCGUGCGGGGGUGCAGGCGCGCGGGCUGUCGGAGAGAGGUCAUGCAGGGUCAGGAGGGAGAGGACGUGACCACGAGGGUAUUGGUGGAGUGUAACCCUGAUAUACUGGAGACAGCACCCCCCUUAUUAACCACCACCUCCACCCCCACCACCCCCACUACCCACCCCAUCACUAUAAGCAUUAUCAAAACUCCACUACCACUGCCACCACGCCCUUUGUCCUAUGAAGCGCCGCCCUCAGGCCCUACCUCCCCUGACCCCGCCCUGGUUGUGGGGAGAGAGCCGGGAGACAGACGGGGGAGCACCU